UUAUUUUGCUUUCUAAAAAAUGAAUUUACUAAAUAUGUCCGACUUGACGCAGCACCACCCAGCCCACAGCCCCCGUCACACUGAUAUUACAGCAUGUACAAACCGUGGAUGGCGUUUCAACACAUGACGUCACGCAAGUUCUAUCAUUAAGUCUGCACCACGUACAAUCACAUCAGUUACACAAAUAGAUCAACUGCUCUCCAUAAAUAGUCUCUCAAGUGAUGUUUGUGCACAGUGUUGAGAGGCUGUGUCACGGGAGGACAUCUGCUGCAAGUAUAAGUUCCAAAAUAUAAAAGCAGAAAAAGAACUAAGAAAAAGAACCUAAACUCUAUAUUAAUUUUUUUUAAUUGUUUUGACCUUUAAUUUUUUUUGUCCCACACUCUCCAACAGACUUUACAAUCUUUCUAGACACAUGGUUUUUUGUUUUGUUUUUAAUAUACGGUACCCUGCUGCAGUGAAUGAGUCUGUAUUUACAUUCUCCAUAUUCUUCCCUCCCCUUCAGCUGGUGCCAAGAAGGCAGAAGUAAUAAUCACUACACCCACGAGCACUUGCUUAGUUUAGUUUGUCCAAGCAUACGAAUUGAACUGAUAGCUCUGACGACAACUGUAGAGUGUCUAAGAUCCAAGACAGCACAAUGAACUGGGGCUUUCUUGAGGGUCUCCUGAGUGGAGUGAACAAAUACUCCACAGCAUUUGGUCGCAUCUGGCUCGCUAUUGUUUUUAUUUUUAGGCUUUUGGUUUUUCUCGUGGCUUGCGAGAAGGUCUGGGGCGAUGAGCAGAAGGACUUUGACUGCAACACCCGCCAGCCCGGUUGCCACAACGUCUGCUAUGAUCACUACUUCCCAGUUGCAUACACGCGCCUGUGGGCUCUCCAGCUGAUCUUUGUCACCUGCCCGUCCCUUCUGGUUACUCUGCAUGUGUCCUACAGGAAGGAACGGGAGCGCAAACACAGACUGAAGUAUGGAGAACACUGCAUUCCGUUGUAUGCCAACACCGACAAAAAGCGAGGGGGCCUUUGGUGGACUUACUUCUUCAGCCUGCUGUUCAAGAUAACGGUGGACGGAGUGUUUGUCUUCCUUCUCUUCUACAUCUACAGGGCGACGUUCUUUCCUCCUGUGGUAAAAUGUGGUGAAGAGCCAUGUCCAAAUGUGGUGGACUGCUACAUUGCCAGGCCCACAGAGAAGAAAAUAUUCACUGUAUUCAUGGUGGUGACGAGCUUCGUGUGCAUCCUCCUCACUCUGUGUGAGGUUUUCUACCUUUGUGGGAAAAGGCUUUGGGAGUGUUGUGGCGGACGGUCUCACCUACUAAGAGAAAACUCAUUCAUGAUGACUGGAGCCCCACGGACUGGGAAGGAAAACUGUGCUGACGAGGAACCAAGCCUUGAAAAGUCAAUGAUGGUCAAUGGGUAACAGGAUAAGAGACUUUAGCCGUCAUCAUAGUAUCUUCUCGAAGAAGAAGAGUACUGUGGCCAAAAUUAAAAAAAAAAAAAAAGUAUGUAUUUUACUGCCUAUAUUGUUAAUUUGAACAGAUUUACUAUAAUAAAAAUGCAUUUUGCUGAAUACUUUUACUGUAUAUUCUUGAAUAAAAAAAAGCCAUUUCUUGAAUUGUUGACUGUUGUUGACUGUAUCCUCCUAUUAAACGUUUAAUGAGCCCAAAUGAACUGAUGUGGUUUCUCCAAAUACAGUACAGUAUAUAUCAACCUAGGCUUGUGUUGCCUAAACGAUCAUAUAAUAAAAAUAAAACUUUUGUUAUUUAAAUCUCAGUUUUUUCAGUUGUUUUAAUAGUGGGCACCACGUGAUG